AUGGUGAAGUUAAACAAAGUUCAGCAAGAAGCAAGGCAUUACAGAUGUCAAUCGGCAGGUGAAGGUCAAUUUGAGGUCUUAGAUAAAUUUGAAAAUAGAUUUGUGGUUAAUCUGAAAGAUUACAGAUAUGAUUGUAGAGUUUGGGAAACCACUGGUGUGCCUUGUCUCCAUACUACAGCUUCUAUAUCAUACAUAAGGGGAGAGUUGGUCAACUACUGUGAUCCAUAUUUUACUAUUGAAAAAUACAUGGAUACAUACAAAGAGAUGUUCCAUCCACUUCCAAAUCUGGCAGGGUUGAAGGAUGAUGCUCCUAAUGAGAGAGUAUUACCACCAAAUUUGAAGAGGUUACCAGGUAGACCUCACAAACUCAGGAAAAGAAAAUCAGAUGAAGCACUUCCUUCAGAGUUUAGGAAGAGAUCAUCAUCAAUUAGGUGUGACAUCUGCAAGAAGGAAGGACACAAUAGGAGGACAUGCCCGGGGGUUGGAGAUGCUGAGCAAGAUGGAUGUAUUAGUAAAAAGAAGAGUAUGAAG